AUGGAGAUGGAUAAAGAGCAGAAAAAAAGAUGGAUUAUAGAAGGAUCAACAUUGGUUCACGAGAAAAGCUUCCUGGACAUUAACCACCUGAAGAAGGACAUUCAUCACCUGGAGGACAUUAACCACCUGAAGAAGGACAUUGAUCACCUGGAGAAGGACAUUAACCACCUGAAGAAGGACAUUGAUCACCUGAAGAAGGACAUUAACCACCUGAAGAAGGACAUUAACCACCUGAAGGACAUUAACCACCUGAAGAAGGACAUUAACCACCUGAAGAAGGACAUUAACCACCUAAAGAAGGACAUUAACCACCUGAAGAAGGACAUUAACCACCUGAAGAAGGACUUUAACCACCUGAAGAAGGACAUUAACCACCUAAAGAAGGACAUUAACCACCUGAAGAAGGACAACACACGUUACAGGUGA